AUGGUUGCCUUCAUCAGCUUCCUCAAAAAAUAUGACGCAGGCCGCAUGUCCACGGCCGCUUGGCGGGUCCAGCUCGCUGCCUGCCGUGCUGUGAGCUGUGGAGCUGGUAGUAACUUUCAUCACCACUAUAAGCGCCACCAUGAGCACAACGGCGAGUCCGACGAGCAUGAACAUGGGCAGCUGAAGACAGACAAGGGCGGAGGCCCCCUAGAUGAAAACGAGGACAAGGAGCAGGCUGGCGAGGAAGCAAAGGACGAAGGCGAAGUUGAGGGCGAGGGUGAGAAAGAUGGUGAGGAAGGUGAAGAGGAAGAGGAGGCUUGGAACAUGACCUUGGGAGACAAGCUGCUUCUUGAGAUCGGCUGGCUAGGCUUGUUCCUGGUGCUGUCCAUGGCUUUGGUGGCUUUGAUGGGCAUCGUCUCCCAGCUCAGAGAUGAUUCGAAGGACAUCGAUGACGGCAUUGUGGAGCCAUCUGCGUUCGCCCGUGGGGCAUACUGGAUUGAUGUCCACUUGCUGGAUCCUUUGGUCAUUGUCAUGGGCCUGGCAAACUUUGUAGUCUUUGCUGCGUCGACAGAGCUCGAUCACGACAAGCAGGCCACGAGCGGCUUCGGCUUCAAGCGAAAGCUGGUGACCUGGGUUCCGCGGGCGAAUGAGCUUUGGUCUCCUGUUUCGAGCUUUGUCGGCUCCAGCACAUCCCUGGUGGAAGGCAGUGCGGCGCCCUUUGUGGCGUUGCUUCUGAAUGCUUAUGCGUGGAUCGAUAUGAUUGCCAUGAUGCCCUCCUUGCUCGACAUCGUCUUCCACAAGGAUGUGCGGCUUUGCUGA